AUGAAUAAUAAAUUAAUAACUGUAUUUUUCUUACUGUGUUUUACCCAAAGUUUUCAAUGUUCUAAUGUUCCCGAGACGAUUCAAGCCAAGUUUUAUGGAUGUGUAGCUAAAUGCGGACAAGAAGUCGGUUUUUCAGAAUUUUAUAUUGUGUUAGGUAUACUUGUUUUGUAAAAAGACCGGAGAAUUGUUGUCAAUGGGCAAUUUUUUGUUUUCUUUUUGUUUAGACCAAUGGAUAACGUAAAGUGUUUGUUUUUUAUGUUUUAAUAUGAAUAAUUGUAGAAUAGAAAUCAUAAAAUCUUGCUUUAGUUUGGUCACGAAACCACAGAAAUAUUGUUGUCAGGCAAGAACCAUACCAAGUUGAUUGUGACAGAGACGGAGAUCGAAAAGGUAAGUAGAGCUUUUGUUUUGUUAAGUUUCAUAAACACACUCUUUUUAUUGAUAUAUAUAUUGGUAAAUAUCAUUUAUUUUAAACACUGUUAUUGUGAUAUAUAAAACAAUAUUCUAUCAAAUUUUAGUGUAAAAAAGUGUGUACAGCAGUUGGCGAUGGACCUGCGGAUGAGGCUGGAUUUUCUUAUGAUUCCCGAAAAGGGUACGAUGAUCUUGAUUUGGCAUGCGCGAACAAAAUAACCUUGUUUCCUCCUCGAAUUCAAGCUAAAUUCUCAUUGGGAGAAGAAGACGAUGAUCACUUAUUGAGGGUUAUUGAAAUCUGGAGAAUUUUUGCCUACAAAGAUGGACAUCUUAACAGCACUCUUGUUUCUAGGAAGUUUGUAAGUUUUUUUUUUCGAUUGUUUUGGGAAGAUUUUUGUAACAAAAUUAUAUAAGUUUACCAAAACUUAUUUUUAGUCGUUUUUCCUCUCGAUUUGAAGUUGAGUACGAGUACAGCAACGUUCAAAUCAAGGAAUAUCUCAUGGUUCGAGUCUAUUCUUUUGACAACAAUGGAUUAGCCAAGAAACCACAAUGUUCUGGUGAGGUUACCCCAGAUAAGUUGUUCAAUGGUCGUCGGGAUAUGCUCCAACUCAAGCUCGUUGAUCUCUUCGAUGGUGCUUCAAAGGCGUUGAUUGAAUGGAACUCUUACGAUAAUCAGUAUCCAGCCGAAUGUGAACAGUUUGUGAACUGGAGCAGUGGAAGCGAAGUUGGGACAAAGCAGAUUGAAUUGGUGGGUAUAUUAUCCUUUUUUUUCGUCUUCAACUUAUAACGUUAAUCACUUUGCACGGCACCCUGAACCGAACGCUCAGUCAAAAUAGAGAAUCGUUAUUGAUCCCUUAUCCGAUAAUUUGUUUCAUUUCGUUUUCCACUGUUUUUUUAUUUUUCGGUCGGUUUUUCGUCUAAUGUUGAAACUUAUUCUACUAUUUUGUGCAAAAUGUGGUAAAAACUAUUUAUGUCAGAAACGGUUAUCAAAUUAUUACGCUGUCAAACAUGUUGAUUUAGCUAAUUUGACCGUAUAAUACGUUGUUAGCUGUUUUAUAUUAGAGAUAGAGUUUGGCGGAUCCUUGGUAAGUAAUUUAUGUUGUUUUCUCACGUUUUAGGUUUGAUUUAGCAAGAUCGUAACACAAAUGUUAAUUUUUAAUAAAAGGUUUGACUAUAUAUCGAAAGGGAAAGUAUAAAAGUCUUUUUAAAACAAAAAUGAUCAGAUGGUCUACUAUAAUAUCGGAAAGCAAGCUUUUCAAUGUGACAAAGUAUUUCAUUUAAACAGACGUUUUUGGUACCAUUUUAAUCGUAAUUUUUUACUGAUGCAGCAUGUGUAAAUUCAGGAUGUUGUAAACUAAAAUUUGUAAGGAAUUGGAUGUUGAUAUUCUUCAUCCUCAGAUCAAUCAGAAUUUAUAUGGAACGAAAAACGGUCAAUUUGAAAACGAGCAGAACGCAUAUUUAAUAAAUAUACUACAUUUUUCAUCUCAUAUUCCAUUCAUAAAAAUGUUUUUACAAUUUCGGUAUUUUUUAUUCUAAAAAAUCAAGCGUGGCGCGGCGAAAUGUCAACGAAGGAAUGCGUUUUAUUUCUAUUGGUUCAGGGUGCCGUGCUUUGCCCUAAUUCGUAGACUGAAAUAAUUAUAUACAUGAAGUUUUGAGAACGAGUUACCAAAAUGUUGAUAUUGUCAUUAUUUAUAUUUAAAUGAACUUUAAAAAUGACGAUAAUCGUUUCAGGACACCACCCAUCGCUUUAUAAUUCCACUAAAAUCAGACCCCAAGACCCGGGUUCACGUGAUCUCAGUGUAUUCGAUAUCAGAAUCCGCUUUCUCAGACAGACAACAAGCUGUUUUGAAUAUCGAUCUGAAUAACAAUCAUCUGAAGAAGAAGUUCACGUUGUCAAAACGAAAAACUUCAGUCGAUGUUCAACUAUUAUUUGUCAUAGGGUUUGCUCUGGUUGUCAGUGCGCUAUUUCUUUGUGUUGUAUACAAGAUCAACACGGAACAAAAGAUGAAAAAGCAGAAGAUGCACAAAAUGAAGAAGGUCAGCUUCAGUGAAUUCGAUUCGGAUAUUAUUCCUGAGAUGAUUACUCCAAUCAAACCAAAGGUAUGUUGCUUAACAUUUGUAUUGAGGUAGGUGUUAUGGAUAACAAGAGUAAUAAGUAAAUUGAUUUCAGAAAAGUAUAUACCAAUAUGAUAAUACAGUGAACUCAACGACAGCAAAUUUUACUCCAGACACAGCAGUACGCGAAACCAGGAUUCUGCCUUUCCAACUGAAUUCUACCCAUUUAUCGUACACAAAGUCAGCACCAUGUCAGAUGCGCAUCUAA